AUGGAGUCGCUCCGACCGGGUUACAAGCCCAGCCUGAUGAUGAUAUUCGCCUGUCUCGGUGACAUCCACGCCGAGCGACAUCAGAAAACGAAGCGAAAGGCCGACCUCGACGAGGCGGUUUGGGCAACACGACUUGCCCUCAGGAUCUCCUCCGCCGAUCAUCCCAUCACCACCACCCUCCUGAACAAUCUCGCCAACGGGCUCUGGCGACGCUACCGAUCCACCGGCCAUGAGGAUGACUUGCACCAGGCACUGUUUUAUGGUCUCCAGGCUUCGGAAACACUUUUCCGGGUAGAAGAUUCAGACCGAGCGGCUGUGUCGGGCGCUUUGGGAGCCAUACGCGGUAGUCUAUACGAUUGUCGGGGCGAUUUUCAAGACUUGCAAGAGGCCAUAUCCAUUACGCGCAGGUCGAUCGAUACCGCGACACGAUGGGCAGAUACCGCUUCCGUGAUCCUGUUCAACAACCUUGGCGCAUACCUGUGGACGCAAUAUUGUCUCACCGGUCGGAGAGAAGAUUUGGACGAGUCCGUUGUCACGUUCGUCAAGGCUCUCGAGUGUCUGACAGACAACACCGUCGAUCGGGUGACUUGUCUGAUCAAUUCCGGCCACGUCCUCGCCCAGCGAUACCACCACACCAGGCAACUGGAGGAUUUGAGCUGCGCCUUGCAGACUGCUCAGGAGGCUAUGCAUCUGGAUCCGCAGAAUGGAGAUUUAACCACUUUGCUGAAACGUCUAGACCGUUUCCUCGACCGCCGUCACGAGCCUAAAUCCCCAGUGCACUGGCCUAAAACACACUGGAAUGCGAACAUCGAGUCGGGGAACCCCCUGAUAUUGUUGGCUGUUUUUAUAUUCAUCGUCGCAAUGUAUGCCUAUCAACUCAGGACGGAAAUUUUGUUCUCCAUGGUCGCUUUCCCGUGUGGGAUUAUCUGCCAUUGGAUGAUCAGUCGGAGACCGACUGCAAAACAGAGGAUCUCUUUGAAAGAUAAUUUUGCGUCGAUAUCGUCGAUGAGAGAACAUCUCGCCUCGCUUGGCAAGUCGAAUGAAUACAACCCCAAGCUAUUGGCAGUGCCGUUAAUAAAGGUACCAUUUGCUUCGUCACUCCGGGGAAUUCAGACUUCAGAUUUCUCCACAUACUCGUCUUUAUCAUACAAUGGGCGACGUCAAUCAAUACACUCAGUGAAGUCCGAGCAUUUAGUUGAAAACCGGCCUUCUACCGGUCAUCGCAGAGACGGCGAUGUCAAGGUACAUAAGGGCAGGUAUCGUGGCCACCGCCUAAUGUCUCCUCCUCGUGCGGGUCAUGGAAUACCGACGAUUGCUGCCACGACACCAUAUGUUUGUGUGAAAAGCGACUACCCGAAGUGUUUCCACCCAGUCAUGCAGAACGCAAUACCGCAGGUUGAGGAGGAUCUUUCGCGGAAUGAGAUGGGCUCCAGCCGCAGACAGCGAGAAACUCAUGUGGUAGGUUCCUAUCCCUAG